GGUAUAAAGAUAGCUGUCCCUCUAUACUUCACCAUUUGCCACUUCCAAAGCCCAAUCUCGACCCUCAAAGUGCCUGACUGCAGAACGAUCCGGCAAUCGUACGUCAAGGUUCUAAUUCCGACUCUCAUGGUUGGAUACUAUGUACCAGCAAUGGGGCUUGCACUCAAAAGCCACAAAAUUUUCGCAUCAAGUAUGACGCUCGUUUUUCUGCCCCUUAUCUUCAGGUUGCUUCAUUAUGCGGUAGCGUCAUGUCUUGUGGACACGACAAUGCAGACGCGAAUAAAAACGCCAACAGCUGAUAUGCCAUUUACAAGAGCAACGUACAUGUUAUGUGCUCUUAUAUCUGGAGUCUGUCAUCAGUGGUCACGCUCCGGGGCUUCAUACCCCUUUUUUCCAUGGCAAAAUGGCAUUAAAGAUCAAGAUUUCACUAUUGCAUUUGCUAGUGCAAUGAUCUGGCUAUGUUUUGAGUAUAAAGAGUUAAAAAGCGAGGGUCGACUCUCUUGGUCUUGGGUGCGUAUUUUAUCCGUCUCAGCCUUUAUGACUUGUAUUUUGGGGCCAGCUGGAGCUUUGAUACUGGGUUGGGGGAUGAGGGAAGAAUGCCUGGCUGCGUUUGAGAGGCGUCUUUCUGAGACUGAGGCUGAGGGUGUGCAAGGGUUGGAAAACAAGGAAGAUUAUGUUUUAUCAAACCUUUACGCACAUUAA